UGCUUUGGUAGAAUACACGCCCACGCCCUCCGGCGAGGAUGAAGACCUCAAAGUCAAGCUCAGUCUGAUUAAUGAGUGCGUCCCUGUUCAUGUCAGCAACACCUCCGGCAGCUCCCGGCGAUUUCCAUCAGUAUCGGCAAAUGAGGCGGAAAGAACAAGAUCGACUUGCAAGGAUGGAUGCUGACUUCCAGAAAAGAAAGGAGCUGGGUGAGUUUGCUAAGCGAAGGGAAGAAAGAUUGAAAGCUUCCGAGGAGCGUACAGCCAAGAAGCAUCUGAAACGAGAAAAAGAAGAAACAGAGGAAAAAGGAGUAAACCCGAAAAUGGCGGACAUGAGCAUAACAAAGAACAACAACAAUUUUCAGACGACGAUGGUAAUGGUGAUGGUGAUGGUGAUGGCGAAUCAGACAAGCAGAAAUGUGUUGAGACAACGCUUGUUCGCAAAUCUCUUUCUUGCAUAACAGAUUGUAAGGAAGCAAGCCAUACCGUUUGGAAGUUGCUGGAUUGUGUAGUAACCUUGGAAUGUUGCACAUAGUUUGAUGCUAUUUCUUGAACAGUGGUUCUAAGAUUCUUUUGUUUUAUACGACAAGGCUUGUUCAAAGUUGUUAGCUGGGACUGAUUAUAGGACUAUGCUUGGUCAAUGUGUUAAUGAUGGGACAGAAGUAUGUAAUGUAAUGGGAGUGGAGUAAGUUGAAGUUGGUUUUUGUAAGAUUAUUUAUUUAGAAUACUGUACAAUAGCAGCAGCA